CAAAACAUUGAAAAAAAGAAGAAGAGCAAAACAAGACAAAGAAACUAGAGAGAGACAUGUCAGUAAGAACAGUCCACUAUUUAUAAACACAAAACACAACAUUUUUUGACUCUUUGUGUUUAUGCAACAGUCCUCACACCAACUCAAUGAACCAAGCAGCGACUACAAACAUUGAAGCAUUGCACAACAUGGAUAAAGCUUCUGAAUGAAAUUUACAUUUGAUGAGCAGCUUCAUUGCAUUUUGAAGAGUAGGUCAGGAAUUCACAAGUGUCCAUCUUUUUUGAUUUCUGAAGCAAACCCACCUUUGGAAAUUUCACAUAUCUCAGAGAUUUCUUUGUUUUCAUUGGUAUUAAACUCUGUUCAUCUCAGAGGUUUCUGUUUAGUCUGAACCUUAUAGUACAAAAGAUCUUCUUUUCUCCCACAGUUUUUCAUACCAUCAAAGUUAAUACUAGUGGGAAUCAUCACCAAAGAAAGAAGCUAGAUCCAGAAUUCUCAAAAUUCAAACAAGAGAGUUUGUGUUGUGUCUUGUUGUGGUUCGGUGUUUAACAUGUCCUUAACCUAGAUUUAGAGCAAUUAGGUUGAAACUUGAAAGUUGAAACAUUUUCUCUUCUACAACAAGACUAUGGCUAUGGAUGAAGUGGAUAGUAGCUCGGAGUGGAGCAGGGAGCAAGACAUAGCAUUUGAAAAUGCCUUGGCGACUUAUCCUGAGGAUGCUUCGGAUCGAUGGGAGAAGAUUGCGGCUGAUGUACCGGGGAAGACUGUGGAAGAAAUUAAAGAGCAUUAUGAGCUCUUGGUUGAUGAUGUUAGCCAGAUUGAAGCUGGUUGUGUGCCUUUACCGUCGUAUAAUUCUUCUUCGGAGGGAUCAACAGGUCAAGCUAGCGAUGAAGGAGUUGGGGGGAAAAAGAAUGGGCACAAUAACGAGUCUAACCAUGGAACUAAGGCUUCAAGAUCGGAUCAAGAACGACGGAAGGGUAUUGCUUGGACUGAGGAAGAGCACAGGUUAUUUCUUCUGGGCCUGGACAAGUACGGAAAAGGCGACUGGCGAAGUAUAUCACGGAACUUUGUGGUGACCCGAACACCAACACAAGUAGCAAGCCACGCCCAAAAAUACUUCAUUCGAUUGAACUCAAUGAACAAAGACCGACGGCGAUCGAGCAUACAUGAUAUUACAAGUGUUAACAAUGGAGAUGUUUCAACACCUCAAGGACCAAUCACCGGUCAAACGAACGGUUCCGCUGGAAAUUCUGCAAGCAAAUCAGUUAAACAAAUUUCUCCGUCCACAACCGGGAUACCAGGUUCAGGAAUAUAUGCCGCCCCAACCAUCGGACAACCUGUCGGAGGACCUUUAGUAUCUGCUGUUGGCACCCCUGUGAAUCUUUCUGCACCUCCACACAUGGCGUAUGGUAUUCGAGCACCGGUUCCUGGCACCGUUGUACCUGGCGCACCGAUGAACAUGGUCCCUAUGACAUACCCUAUGCCUCAUAGUCAUACUUCUGCUCCUCACAGGUGAAGUGCUUUUAGUGGCCUUAAUGUACAAAAAAUAGAAGACUUAGAUUGUGGCUUAUGCAGUUGGUGUAAUUCUUUUUCUAGACAAAAAUUGCUUUUUUAUUUGGUUGCAUGCAUGCAUGAAUUUUAUUCUUGUUCAGUCAUUUCAGAAAUAAACUAUACCAGAAAGAGAUUGAAUGUUUGUUUCAAUGUUAGCUGUUAUGAAAUGUUACAGCCUUGUGACAUAGGAAGCAUAUGAGUAAUGUUGUUUUGUAGACAUUGAAUUGUUGUUUUGUUAAAUAUUGUUGCAAAGGAAGGUUCUAUGGAUUUAUUGAAGUGUA